AAGACACAGUGCUACUAACAAAUGAAUUUUUAUUGCACAUGUUUACACAUGACGCAUGGUUAAAAAUGGCGCGAAAGUUAACAAUACUGCAGGGAGGCGCCGUGACUGCAAUAAAAAAAACACCGAGAAGCGUUUGUUUUGUGCAUGGAAGGAGUGGUGUACCGCAUUUUUCAAGACUGUUAGAAGGAAUACGUCGGUCAGACGGGAAGGUGCCUCAAUGAUCGCUUACGGGAACAUUCGCACCAUGUUAAUAAUCUGAUAAAGACUAGUCAUCUAUCCGCGCACUGCUCGCGUUGUGGCUGUAAACCCUUGUUCGACAAAUCGAAAGUGAUAUCUAGGAACCCAGAUCAAGUCAGUAGAGAGAUCAUCAGGACGUUUUAAAUCAGUACAAAUGAUAAAUCUGUAAGUUUCCCAUCUGUGUCGCUGUCAAAAAAAGAAAUCAUGUUUCUAUCGUGGUAGCGGCCUGUAGUAGAUUAUUAUGCCGGAAAGAAAUCUAUGUUGCGAUAUUAUCCUGUUGUAUGAUGCUAUAUAUGUAGUAACCAUGUGCAAUAAAAAUUCAGUUGUUAGUAGCGCUGUCUUCGUUUCCUUCUCUUGUGCUCGUGUUUUUUCUUUUUUUUUUUUUUUUUUUUUGCACUUUGCCUGCGUUCUUUGAUUCGUCCGCCCGUUUUCGUGCAUGUUUGGUGGCGGAUGGUGGGUAGUCAGACUGGCUAAGCAAAAACGUUCGUUCGUUUGGUCUCUCUCUCUCUCUCUGGUUCUCACACUCGUUUUCUCGCUCGCUUGCUCUCUCACGCUUUCGCUCGUCCUCUCUCUCGCCCUCUCGUUCACACUCUGGUUUGUUCGUUUGUUCCUUCCGGCUAUUCACUUACACAGACACUCUUCUCGAUGUUUUAUGCGCAUUUAUAAAAGUUUUGGUCAGCAUCUAUUUUUAUGUUUGACUGAGCACAAAUAUGCAAAACAUCCACAGUUCCGCAAAACUGGUAAUCUGCGCGUGGCCGCAAUGCUCGUUUGAGAGUAGAGGAGAACGUCGGGUUAGCAGCAGCCGAUAAUAAAUCUCUAGACGAUAGCCCAUGACGGUGACCGUUGAAUUUUAUCGUCGCCUAUAGAAUGCAUACAGCAUUAUUACAAAAAGAUUACCUGAACAUAUAUCAUUUGCGAUAAAUUUGCACAGAUUUGGAAAAGACAAAAUAUAUGUACAAAAUAAAUGCGAAUGGAAGGAACAAAAAUUAUUGGGGUGCCACUCUUUCGGUCUGAACAAAAGUCUGGAUUAAAUUUUUUCGUCGGUUUGCGUCCCUCUGAGCGGAAGCACAAAACACAUGAAAAACUACGGUGGUAUUUAAGAGUCGCCAAUGACAUACAACAGCGCACAUGAUCUUUAUGAGUUAUAUAAUUAAAGUAUAUGCUUCCUGGCUGAUCUUCCUGAACACGUGACAUGUAGUUACCUGUAUUUCUUUUUAUUUGCUGCAGGGUUUGUGUGCCGCUCUUCUUUGUCAUCAUGUGCACCUACGUGCUUCCCCGCUUUGUAACUGGGCCUGAUGCCAAAGGGUUUUUCCGGACGCUUGACGAGGAGAUUGCUGAGACCUGGUGGGCCCUGCUUCUGCAGAUUAGAAAUUUCUUCGAAAUGACCGAACGGACCCUUCUUGUUCACCUAUGGUACUUGUCUACAGACUUCCAGCUUUUCGUCCUCUCUCUUCUCAUACUGCUCGUACUGAAAAAGCGGAAAAAGUUGGCGCUGGCAACGUUCACAGUGCUUUCUCUUUUGGGUUGCGCCAUCGCAAUGUGGACAGCAACUAAUCCAAAUGUUCUACCCUUCAUGGCUUAUCCUGCUCACACAAGAAGUCUACAACUGACAACAUUCAACUUGUACUACACGCGACCUUUCUACCAUGCUGUAUGCUUCUUCAGCGGUUGCAUGACGUUACUCGUCUUGGAUGACUUCAGCAACCGUAAAAUUUCUAAGGUGAGUCAGCAUUUAUAACUAGGACCUGUUUUCCGAAAAUCGAAAGAAAGGUUGGAAGCCAUGGUUUGGCUCAGCGAAACGCAACUUUAUUGUUCUUUUCUUUAGUCGCAACAUCGAUACUUAACGAGUUUGCCUCACGUAGACACAUCCGCUGCGAACGUUAUC